AUGUCCAGACAGAGACAGGUGACAAGUGUUGUCCCUCAGAGCUCUGUAUUGGGACUGGUACUGUUUAAUACCUUCACUGAUCACAUAGACAGCGGGAUUGAGUGCAUCCUCAGCAAGUCUGCAGAUGACACCAAGCUGAGUGCUGCAGCUAACAUGCCUGAGGGCCAGGAUGCUAUCCAGAGGGACCUGGGCAAGCUCAAGAAGUCUGGAGGCAGUUUUGCACUACUGGAGGGCCGGGUGAGAUCCAGCGAGACGGGCAGAUUUCUGUACAAGUGCAUCCUGCAAACGGCGUCGUCUGGUGGAGUCUCAGCCAUUGUCAUGGCAGGAGUGCCACGCUCAGGAUCGCUGCUGGCGGCUGUGCAGCGGCGGCGGGCUUUGGUUGCAGCGGCGGUGGGCUUUGGUUGCAGCACUGAGGUGCCAGGUGGAAGAGUUAUAGGAGAGAGUGAGCAGGUUGUACGCAUCACGGAGGAUGGAUGGGUCUUUCCAGAGGCCCUGCAGAACCAAGAACCGGAGCCCCAUGUUGCAAGGAAGGAGGGAAAAAUAGAGAUAACCCUUGAGGGUCAAGGGUGGAAACUCCUGAUAUGGAGGAGGCCGAAGCCUAAUGCUACAAUUUCUUUUAUUAUUCUUCCAUAGCCUCAGACCAUUCGGCAAACUCUUCAAAGGACGCUGCAGUAUUUUGAGCAUCAAGUUAUUGGUUACAGGGAUGCGGAGAAGAACUUUCACAAUAUAUCAAACAGAUGCUCCUAUACAGACUGCUCUGGCAAUGAAGAAGCUGAAGAUGUCUCAGGAAUUCUCCAGUGUACGGCUAAUGUUCUUGGUUUGAAGUUUGAGGAAAUGCAAGAAAAGUUCGGGGAGGAAUUCUUCAAUGUCUGCUUUGAUGAGAAUGAAAGAGUUCUUCGAGCUGUAGGCGGGACCCUUCAAGACUUCUUCAAUGGCUUUGAUGCUUUGCUGGAGCACAUUAGAACUUCAUUUGGAAGACAGGCCACCCUGGAAUCCCCUUCUUUCCUAUGCAAAGAGCUCCCUGGAGGCAAUCUCAUGCUUCAUUACUUUCACCCACAUCAGAUUGUGGGAUUAGCAAUGAUGGGAAUGAUAAAGGCAGCAGCAAAGAAGAUUUACCGCUUGGAAGUGGAAGUAGAACAGGUCACUAAUGAUAAGCUGUGUUCAGAGGGGACAAACCCAGGUAACUGCAGCUGUCUGACUUUCCUUAUCAAGGAACAUGAAAAUGCAAAUAUCACAAAAGCACUUCCACCGGGAACUUCCCAGUCCCCCUUAGACCUGAGGAUUAGCAUCAGCACCUUCUGCAGAGCUUUCCCCUUUCACCUGAUGUUUGAUCCAAACAUGGUGGUUCUGCAGCUUGGAGAAGGUCUUAGGAAGCAGCUCAGAUGUGACGCUCAUAAAACUCUGAAAUUCGAAGACUGCUUCGACAUAGUUUCUCCUAAAAUCAGUGCCACAUUUGAACGAGUUCUCCUGAGAUUAUCUACUCCCUUUAUCAUUCGGACCAAACUUGAGGAUUCUGGCUCUGAAAAUAGAGAUAAGGUGAUGGAGAUUAAAGGACAAAUGAUUCAUGUGCCAGAAUCAAAUUCAAUUUUGUUUCUGGGUUCCCCCUGUGUGGACAAGCUGGAUGAACUGAUGGGCCGAGGCCUCCAUCUUUCGGACAUACCUAUCCAUGAUGCUACUCGUGAUGUCAUACUGGUUGGGGAGCAAGCAAAAGCCCAGGAUGGCUUGAAAAAACGAAUGGAUAAACUGAAGGCAACGCUAGAAUGCACACAUCAAGCCCUGGAAGAGGAGAAAAAGAAAACAGUAGAUCUCCUUAUUUCUAUUUUCCCUGAAGAAGUGGCUCAGCAGUUGUGGCAGGGGCAGCAAGUUCAGGCCAGGAAGUUUGAUGAUGUCACCAUGCUCUUCUCAGACAUUGUUGGCUUCACUGCCAUCUGUGCGCAGUGCACGCCCAUGCAGGUCAUCAGCAUGCUGAACGAACUCUACACACGGUUUGACCAUCAGUGUGGAUUCCUGGACAUCUACAAGGUGGAAACAAUAGGUGAUGCGUACUGCGUUGCAGCAGGGCUCCAUAAGAAAAGUCUUAGUCAUGCUAAAGCCAUUGCCCUGAUGGCACUGAAGAUGAUGGAGCUUUCAGAAGAGGUUCUCACUCCAGAUGGGAGCCCGAUUAAGAUGAGGAUAGGCAUUCACUCAGGAUCAGUGCUGGCCGGCGUCGUUGGUGUAAGAAUGCCACGUUAUUGUCUCUUUGGGAACAAUGUCACCCUUGCAAGCAAGUUCGAGUCAGGAAGUCACCCACGCCGCAUCAAUGUCAGUCCGACCACAUACCAGCUUUUGAAAAAGGAAGAAAAUUUUAUUUUUAUCCCUCGUUCCCGUGAAGAGCUUCCAGAAAACUUUCCAAAGGAAAUUCCUGGGAUCUGUUACUUCCUUGAGGUCAGAAGUGGUCAGAAGCCGCCAAAACCCUCCAUCACAUCUGCCAGAGUGAGAAAGGUUUCUUACAACAUUGGCACCAUGUUCCUCCGGGAGACUAGCCUAUGA